AUGAUCAAUACGAGGAAGACUCUGAUUGGACUUGGAUUGGGACAGAUCCUCUCGCUUCUUUCUACUUCUGUUAGCUUUACAUCCUCUGAGUUCGCCAGAAAAGGGAUUAGUGCUCCAACAGCACAGACGUUUCUGGGUUAUUUGUUACUGGGAGUCGUCUAUGGAGGUGUUAUGCUGUAUCGAAGACCCACGAUUAAGGGAAAGUGGUACUACUAUUUCCUCCUUGCUCUAGUUGAUGUGGAAGGGAAUUUUCUCAUGGCCAAGGCAUAUCAGAACACAUCGAUGACGAGCAUCAUGCUACUGGAUUGCUGGGCGAUCCCUUGCGUUUUGUUCUUGACUUGGGUUUUCCUGAAAACAAGAUACAAACUGAUGAAGAUCGCUGGUGUUGUUAUAUGUACUGUUGGUGCUGUCAUGGUAGUCUUCUCUGACGUCCAUGCAGGGGAUCGAGCUGGAGGAAGCAAUCCUGUGAAAGGAGAUUUGCUUGUUAUAGUUGGAGCAACAUUGUAUGCUGUCUGUAAUGUCAGCCAGGAGUUCCUUGUGACGAAUGCAGACAGAAUUGAGCUCAUGGCCUUUGUUGGCCUUUUCGGUGCAAUUAUUGGUGCCAUUCAGGUAAGCAUAUUUGAAAGAGGUGUGCUCAAAUCUAUUGACUGGUCAAGUGGGGUUGGUUUGCGUUACCUUGGAAUAGCAAUCGCGUGGUUUCUCUUCUACUCGUUACUCACAGUCUUACUCAAGACCAGUGGUUCAGCAAUGUUCACCCUCUCGUUGCUCACAUCAGACAUGUGGGCUGUUUUGAUCCGCAUUUUCGCAUACCACGAGAAGGUGGAUUGGCUCUACUACUUGGCAUUUGCUACAACAGCUAUUGGACUGAUCAUAUACUCCAUGAAGGAGAAAGAUGAGGGGGAACAGAGGAAGCUGGUCGAUGAGAAGGAUAGUGAAUCACUUCGAGACAGCCUUGUAGGCAACAACGGGUUCGAGAGCAGCAUCAUACGCCUUGCCUGA